AGACCGAUGGCUCCUUCUUCUUCUUCUUCUUCUCCCAUAGGUCCGGGGGCCCUAGAGUACCGAGCUUUUACCAUUUAGUUCUGUCAAAGAUCGGUGCGUGUGAAGACGUGAAUUUUCGGGCAUAAAUUGAGAACCAGCCAAGAGACGAGGGUUCUCAUCUUGUGCCAAAAGCCACGCUUUGGCACAUUCAUUCUUUGUUGCAACGUCACUUCAAAUCUGGGCAAGAUUACGUCCGGCUGGGUGAGCUCCGGCGGGUCUCCGUACCCUUCGCCGGCAGCGAUGAAGGUGCAUCCACACCAUCCCGGACAUCACCAUCACCCCGCCGUCUCUCACCAUCAUCACGAGCACGGCCACUAUCCCCUCAUGGAUAUGUACUCGGCCGCUGCGGGCAUGUCCCCAGCCACGGCCAUCAACACCAUGGAUUGGAAGAACACUUCGCAGGAUGAAUUCCACCCUUUCAUCGAGGCCCUGUUGCCUCAUGUCAAGUCAUUUGCCUACACGUGGUUCAACUUGCAAGCGGCCAAGAGGAAAUAUUUUAAGAAACACGAGAAGCGAAUGUCACUGGAGGAGGAACGCCGAUGCAAAGAGGAGCUCAUGGCUGAGAAACCUGAAGUGAAGCAGAAAUGGGCCUCCAGACUCUUGGGCAAACUUCGCAAGGACAUUGCUCAAGAAUGCAGGGAGGAUUUCGUCCUAUCGAUCACGGGCAAGAAACCUGCCAUGUGUGUCCUCUCGAAUCCCGACCAAAAAGGCAAAAUGCGACGGAUCGAUUGUCUCCGACAAGCCGACAAGGUGUGGCGGCUGGAUCUUGUUCAAGUCAUCCUGUUCAAGGCCGUUCCGUUGGAGAGUACUGACGGCGAGCGACUGGAGAAAUCUCCGGAUUGCCUCCAUCCAGGCCUUUGCGUGAAUCCUUAUCACAUCAACGUGUCCGUCAGGGAAAUUGAUCUCUUCCUCGCCAACUAUGUCAACUCAAAUGAUGAUCUGUCAGAAAUGGAAAAGGACGAAGCCCUUAACUUAAAAGGUUACCCUCGCAAUCCGUAUAACGAUGUCGUAUGUAAUGAUGUGAUUGCCGCUUCUGGUGUGUUCACAGCCAAAGAACUUUGCAGACUCUCCAAAGCCUCAAUCAUGACUGGUGGGAGCGGGAUGCAUUUAGGAGCAUCGGCUGCCGUGGCCAGCGGGUCAUCAGCGGCCAAUCUAAAUGGAAUCAAGCUUGAAGGGCCCAAUGGCGUUGGAUCCGGAUUGGGUGGGGUGGGCAACAGCAGCUAUUAUUGCAACUCGUACACACCUCCAGGAUCCGUGGAUCAUAGUCUCCUAUCCUCGGCUUACAGCUUACCCCCUCAACUGCCUCCCUCAUCGUAUUAUAACCACCAUCAUCAAGCCAUGGAGCACCACCAAAAGUAUUCUCACCCAUCUCACGGCGAAAACGGACAUCACGACAAUUUCACGGACUUCGUCUCUCUCGUUUGUCAAGAAGGAGGCGGGGGCGGUGCGGGCGGAGUCGGUCCCGGCCAUCCGGCCACCCGAAGCCCAUACCAUGCCUAUCAUCAUCCACACGCUGCGGGUACGGCCGGGUCCAUGGCGGCUGCCGCCCUCUCGGCGGCCCAGCAUCAUCAUCACAUGGCCAGACCGUUGGCACUCAGAACGCACGACUCUGGAGAUGCAACUCAUUCUCCACCCCCUUCCAGUGGAUUGGGCAGUUCAGGAUCUCACCACGGCCCCCAAGGAACCUCCCCCACUCACCUGCAGUCCAUUGAGAACGCUGAACGACGGCACUCCCCCACUUCAGAGACAUCAAGUUCAACCGGUGGACAAGAUCUAACUUCGAGGUCAACUAAUCAAGAGGGUGGCCAAAGCAGCUCUAACAAUGCUCCUGAGAAUUUGGCACAGGUCUUUAUGUGAAGGAGAACCUCCUCACUGAUCCCUUGCCAAGGAGUGAGCAGUCAAGAUGGACUUUGCACUAACACGUUUUUGGCAAUCGUGAACGGGAAAAAGCCAAGAGGAGCGCGAAGAAAAUAGAACUAGUGAGAAACGGCACCCUCCGCCAGUGUUAUGGAAUUGUGUGUAAAUGAGACUUAGAAUUACUGAGCUUAGCCACCAUCAGCCAACCAUCAUCAGCUUUCUAGACCAAUGUCCUAGAUUUUUAGAAAUGAAUUCAUCCCCUCCCUCUCGUCACGUUCUAAAAGUCCGUAUCAGCUCAUAGCUGAUACAUCCAAACCCUACCCCCCCCUCUCAUGUUCGUAGAGAAUUCAUAAGUUUUCGAUUCGAUGUUGAUUUAUUCUCUCCUUUUUACAUAUGUAGACCUGUUAUUUCCAUUUUGUUGGGCUGUGAUAUUUGAUUUCUAAUUGAUAUUAUUAUCAUCUAUUCCAUGAUAAUGAUCACACAUAUUCCUGGAAAUCCUCUGAUGUGAAAGAAGAACGAAUCUCCCCACUAUUCAUCAAAAUCACUCAUUCUCAUCAAGCAGAAUUAUAAUAAAUCAUAAUUGUGUUAAUAUUCAUCCGCGAAUAACAUAUGUUCAGCAAUAAAAUCACCAAAUUUUGGAG